AUGGUGAAAAUAAUAUUCCUUCAUCCGGAUCUUGGAAUAGGUGGGGCAGAACGUCUUGUAUUAGAUGCGGCUUUGGCUUUCAAAAGUAAAGGCCACGAAGUCUCAUUUUUUACCAACCAUCAUGAUCCCUCUCAUUGUUUUGCCGAGACAAGGAAUGGGACAUUUCCUGUUACUGUCGUUGGAGAUUGGAUUCCGCGUUCUAUUCUAGGAAGAUUUAAGGCGGCUUUCGCUUAUCUGCGUAUGGUCUACGCUGCAAUUUAUCUUGCCUGGUACGUUAUCCCUGUCGAAGAACCAACCCUUAUAUUCUGUGAUCUCAUAUCAUUAUGUAUUCCAUUUUUAAAAUUCGCGAGGGGCCCAUUCAGAGUUGUCUUCUAUUGUCAUCACCCAGAUAAGCUCUUAAGCACAGAGCGUGGUUUUCUUAAAGAUCUAUAUAGAGCUCCCUUGAAUUGGCUUGAGGAAGUUACAACUGCACAAGCAGAUAAGGUUUUAGUUAACAGUAAAUAUACUGCAAGAGUAUACAAAGAUGCAUUUCAAAAAAUAAAGGAUGUCCCUGACAUUUGUUAUCCAUCUAUCAAUACAGAAUUCUUUAAGAAUACUACUCCUAAGAAUCUCAAAGAAGUAGUUCCUGUUGGAACAGAUAAAUUUUUAUUUCUAUCCAUAAACAGAUAUGAAAGGAAAAAGAAUCUUCAAUUAGCUUUGCGAGCCUUUGAACAACUAAGACAUAUGUUAUGUGAAGAGGAUUGGUAUAGAGUGCAUUUAAUAAUGGCUGGUGGUUUUGAUCCAAUAAACUUGGAGAAUAUGGAACAUUUUAUUGAACUGACUGAUUUGGCAAGUGAACUGGAUAUUGAUGAUAAGGUAACAUUACUGAAAUCACCCAAGGACAUUAAUAAGGUAUCACUGUUAUACCAUUGUAACACAUUAAUAUACACACCAUCCAAUGAGCACUUUGGUAUUGUGCCUCUAGAAGCAAUGUAUUACAGUAAGCCAGUUAUUGCUGUGAAUAGUGGGGGUCCUACAGAGACAGUUGUAAAUGAUGUAACUGGAUUUCUAUGUCCUCCAACCAGUGUUGACUUUGCUGAAGCAAUGGCAAAAUUAGUUCUUAACCCUGAACUAGGAGUAAGAUUAGGAGAAGCAGGCAGAAAGAGGUUUGAAAGUAAAUUCUCAUUUGAUGCAUUUACUGAACAAUUAGAUGGUAUUUUGACCAGAGAAAGACAGCUUAUUUCUGAGGCUAGGGCUAUUGAAUAUGACCAUAAGCGUAAAUAG